AUGUGGGUUUGUCCGUUGUGCACUGAGCUACUGGCUAGCCGAAUAGAAGAGGAGGGAGCAUUAGAGAAGAAGGACCUAGACUCGGAAAUCGGCGAGGGCUCUAAAUUCAUUGCUAUCACAAGUCUGGACGUCACUGUAAUCGAUUGCUUUGCACAGGGUGCUGUUUUUCAGCAGAUAGCUGACGGCACCGAGGCCACCGAGGCCACCGAGGCCCUCAGCAAACGGACGUCACCCUAA